AUGCCUACGACGCAUAUUAGCUCCCCGGCGCCCAACCCGAGCGACCUUUCCACGGCCACUUACGAGAAGACAGACGUCACCUCGGAGGUGGAGAGGCAAAUCCGCCUGGUCACUUUCGGCUUGUGCGUAAUCUUCGCCGCUGCCACUUUUAUCGGAGGUGUGUAUUCGCUGCUCUCUCUCCUCCGAAUGAGGAGAAAAACCUCCCUGUGUCUUAUUGUGGCUUCCAUGUCGGUGGACGACCUGCUCAGUGUGGUCCCUCUUUCCCUGUUCAUACUCUUACAGUGGGAGACAGCUGGAGGGUCGGGCAGCCUGUGCACCUUAUCUGGACUUCUGUACGUCUUCCAGGGUGUUUCGAGCAAUAUGAAGGCUUGCCUCAUAGCCGCCUACACUUUCUAUGUGACCAAGAGAUUUGGAGUUCUUCAAUCUGUCCGCCGGCCCCUGAGAGUGAUGUGGGCCAUUGCCGGUGUGUGGGCGGUCAGCCUUGCGGUUAGCGUGUUGCCUUUGUGCGGAUGGGGAAGCUUUAAGCCGGUCUCUCUCGGAUGUUUCCCAGAGAGCGAGAGUUUUUACACGCUGCUGCUUUUCUCUUUAUAUUCCCUGUGUCUCUGCGGCUUGUUGUUUUUCUUUAUCUCCCUCACCUACCAGCUGCUGUGCUCCCGGGAGCCCCAGAGGACUGUACUGUACCCCAGCUACUUGGAUAUAGCGAGGGGACUGAGUGGCUCCGCUCCCCUCUGUGAUCUUCCUUCCUUUUCCCGGGACAGCCUGAGCAAUAGUUUCGAGCUGAGCCCAAGUUCAUGCGCGACGGUGCGGAGGGAGAAAGAGGCCAGCGGGCUGUCCCCGGUGUCUACCGGCGGACAGAGGACGUCAGCUGUCGGGGACACACCAGUUGUGUUUGCACAAAAGCGCUUCUCCAUGAUCCUCGCGGUUGUCCGAGUUAUUUUAUGGAUGCCAAUGAUGACCUUGGUGCUGGUAAGCCACACAGUGAACGCACGCAGCUACUCCCUGGAGAUGCUGAGCUUCUUUCUCACUCUGCUUGCCCCUGUGGUCACUCCAUUAUUCGUGCUGAGUGAGCGCUGGAUCCACAUGCCUUGUGGCUGCUUCAUUAACUGCAAGCGGGAUCCAAUGCAGGAACCCUCAGUGAUGAACAGAAGAUUUGAGUUCAACCUUUCCCUCCAACAAGGCUAUGGAGUGUACAAGUUGUCACACGCCACCGUGCCUCAAAACAUUCCACCCCUUGAGAAGCCUGCCUAUCACAGCCUCUUUAACUGUGACUUCUCUGAUACCUGCCUUGAUGCACGAGUAAGUGGUGGACUCUCCAGCCUGGGGCCUGGUUUUGAUUUCAGCACCAGCUGCCCUCUGGACAGCUCCUCUCGUGCAGACCUAUCGUUGGAAGUAGUGGCCAGUGGAGAGGUGCUGGCUGAUUGUUCACUCCCUCGUGAGAGCCAAGGAGAUGAUAACGACUUCCACUGUGUCUCUUCGCUUCCUUCUCAUCACCGGGAGCAGGAUCGCAAUCUUACUGCUAAUUCUUCUGUGUUCGAGGGCCCGGAGAGGAGGCUGUCACAUGAGGGGUGUCGAAAAAUCGAGCUGACAGACUGGGAGUGGUGCAGGAGUAAAUCAGAGAGGACACCCAGACAGCGGUCAUCAGUUGGUCUGUCAAUCCCCCUGUGCGCCUUUCAGGGCACUGUAUCUCUGCAAGCACCCACUGGGAAAACCCUCUCUCUCUCCACCUAUGAAGUCAGCAGUGACGGACUCAAAAUCUCCCCCAACAAUGCAAAGAAGGUGGAAGUGUAUCGCUCAAAAUCAGUUGGCCACGAGCCCAGUGCAGACGACCCAGCACCAGGAGGCCAUCCUGGAGACGUGAAUGUCAGCAGCGUAGAGAUGGGCAUGGAGAUCGGAAUGGGGAUGGGUAUAGGAGCUGGUGUGGGGGACACCAACGUCAAGAUUCACCUUGAGGUUCUUGAGAUCUGUGACAACGAAGAGGCCAUGGACAGUGUCUCCAUCAUCUCCAACAUCAGCCAGUCCUCCACCCAUGCCCGCUCGCCGUCGCUGCGCUACUCUCGAAGGGAGAACCGCUUUGUCUCCUGUGAUCUGGGUGAGACGGCUUCCUACUCUCUGCUCAUCCCAAGCAGUGCCAACCCAGAGACAGAGACCAUCAAUAUCACUAUACCUGACACUGUGGAGGCCCACCGGCAGAACAGCCGACGGCAGACGCAGGAGAGCUCAGGGUAUCGUGAGGAGAUACAGCUGCUAAACGAGGCCUAUCAAAAGCAAGCUGGGGAGAGGGAGGAGUGA